CUCCCUCCUGCUAAUGAAGAAGGUUCCUCUCUCCCUGUACUAAGACGAAGGUGCUCAAUAUGGCGGAGCGGUCUCCGCUGGAUGAGUGACGAUGGUAUGUGGGUAAUGGUCCAUUUCACUAACAACAACAGGACUCUACAGCUAGUAAUGGCAUCACCAAUAGGCCAAUGUUUAUCAGUUGUUCGCUACAGGUCAAAAGUUAUAGCAACAAUUCUGAAUGCAAAAGAAAAGUUCUGUAAAGGCCUUCAGUGCUACGAUGUUUUUCAGAGUCCCCAAUGGGCUCUGCUUCCUACAGGUGAGGAGUUUAAACUCUCUCGCUCUAAAAAAGGAGUGUUUCGUUUAAUUGAGAUCAGUCAAAGGAUCAUUAACCAGAGGGAUCCCGACGAGCCUUGCAUCAUCACUGAUGUAUCAGGGACCUGUAACAUCUCAACUAAGGAUCUGUUUUUGUUUGAAGUCUACAAUGGAUUCUCCACUUCAGUGCUACAGACCUUGUUUCAGCCUGCAAACCAAGAGGAUCUAGUCUCUGAUGAAUUUAUACUAGAACUCACUGAGGCAAUGAGAUACAUAUGUAGUGAGUAUAAUCCUUUGAAAAUUGCCACUUCGAUAUUGGGUCUUCCUAAAAGGAGAGCAAAUGAGUUUGUCCGUCGAGAUAAUUCCGAUUUUGAUAACUGCAUGUCUGUAUUAAAGCUCUGGAUUAAAGACAGUGAUAUGCCAAGUUACAGGAACUUACGAACAUGUUUCGAUGAACUGAGUGUAUUUGCUGGUCGGAAUCCACUCGAUUUGGCAGCUAUCAAAGACACAUGUAGAGUUGAGAGUCGUUGAAGUUUCUUACAGUUACAGAGUCAGUAUAGUUCACAUCAUUACCUUGUCCCCUCCCUAUCCUGUUUACAUUGUUGUUGUUGUUUUAUUAUUAUUAUUAUUAUUAUUAUUAUUAUUAUUAUACAUGUACAACAAUAUCAUUUCAUUUUGUGACAAAUAUAAAAAUAGUUAUUGUUAUUGCUAUGAUUAUAAUAUCGACUGCUAAAAUUUUUGAUGCUGAUGAAACUGAGAAUGAUAGAGAUGAAAGUGAAAAUC